AUGGCCGCACUCAUUGAUACCGCUUUAUGGGUAUCAACCUGUUGGCUCUGGAAUAUUGGUCAAGUGGCCUCCAAAAGAGAUAUCAUCAAGGAAGCCUGCGCCGGCUGCCUCGCGACUACCAAGCAAGGGAAGACAACCAAGAAGUCGCUAUUUGCGGCAACUCCAAGGAAAUCUGGCAUGGCCGUGACUUCUUCUGUUUGUCAAAUGGCUAGCAUAUGUUCACUUGCAACAUCAAAAACCUAUCUUGUACCAACGCCUCAAAGUGCCUCCUGCGCUGGCUCAAUUCUCGCCGACGUUGGACACGAAAACCGCCACCCAGCCCUUCAAAUC